AUGAAGCAGUCCGCAAAUGCGAUGGUGCGGUUUACAAGCUAUAACAUAUUCCUGGGGCGAAUGGAAGCGAUGUCCAUCCCGAAGUCAGUAUCUGCUAUAUUCUCCGGUGCUUUGGCAAGUGUUGUAACGGUGUACGCGACAAUGCCUUUCGAUUCGGUCAAGACGCGACUCCAGGCCAUUGAUGGAAACCAGCGCUAUCGAGGUUAG